AAUCCCCUUUUCCCUUGCCCACUAAAACUUCUAUUUUUUAUUUUUCUGACGCAAACCGCCUUACAAUUUUGUUAUCCUUAUCUUCUAUUCUUCACUGCCAUCCUUCUCUAAUUCUCUUUCUCUGUCAACCAGGUUCCAAUUCCUUUCCUUUCACCGCUCUUCGACCCGCCCAUGGCUUUCUCCACCACUCCGUUUUACGAACCCUUUUUGUAGAUUGCUUUCUGUUGGAGACGAUGGUCUGGCGACUUGAAGUGUUUUCCACAAACCAUCGCUUCCCUCUCCUUCUACCAGCUCCAUGUGACUCCUGCUUCGAUCGUCUCGUGUUUCUCAUUAAUUUUGUGUUUAAAACCACAAUUUCAGGAAAUCAAAUCAAUGACUUUACUUGCCGCAAGAACAAAGGGGAAGCAGAAAACACCGACUCCACCACACCGGUUGAUUCGAGUACCUUUUUCGUUUCACUUACUGUAAUCGAUUGGGAGUUUCUUUCUUCCAGUUGA